AUGGCAGUACGCAAACCACUCACCCACUUCACUACCCCGCUAGGCUCAGGCGCUGGGGUCCCAAAAGACAAAAGACCGCCCAAAGUUCAUGACUCCGCUUUGCGGCUUUUGAAGCCAUUUCAGGUGCCAUUCAAGACGCGACUGGAGACCGUGUCUGGUAUCGUAUCUCGCCGGCCUGUACGCUCAUCAAGGAAGAAUACCAACUAUGCGGUUGAUGAUUUUGGAAGUACAACAGCAGAAGAAGAUCAAAACGUUGAUGAAAGUGGCGAAGUUGUUAAAUGCAAGAAGUUUGGCGCGUUGCUUCCUCGUUCCAUUAAUAGUGAUGGUAGACGCGAUAUCAUCGAUACAAAGUUCAAAAGAUCUUUCACUGUUCCGUUUAGUAAAGAGAACGCUAAGAAGGAUGACAUGAUACGUGGUCCUCCACCUCCGUUGGGCACUAAAGUGCGUCCCAUACUUCCACCGCGUGCCCUUCAUGACCCCAUGAGUGAAUUUGCUAUUGUGUUGUACGACCCAACGGUCGAUGUGAUACCCAAGACGCCAGAAGAAGAAGAGGCGGCGAAGAAGAAGAUAGAGGAGCUAGAGCUGUCGGACACAUCGAUGAAUCUGGAAACUGAGGAACGGCCAGCAAAGAGAAGAAAGACGCAUCGUUCUUUGGCUGAAAUAUUGGGUAUUGUCACCAACCCUGAGGAGAAACUAGCGCGUUACCCCAACGUUCCAGUUGUGAUUGACCCGAAAUUGGCCAAGAUCUUACGUCCCCAUCAAAUUGCCGGUGUCAAGUUCCUUUAUCGUUGCACUGCUGGGUUAAUGGACCCGAGAGCCAAAGGGUGUAUUAUGGCAGAUGAGAUGGGAUUGGGAAAAACGUUGCAAUGUCUCACGUUGAUGUGGACGUUGCUUAGACAAUCUCCCAGAGGUAAAAGAACCAUUGAGAAAUGCAUCAUUGUUUGCCCUUCAUCAUUAGUGCGUAAUUGGGCUAAUGAAAUUGUUAAAUGGUUGGGAGAAGGUGUAUUGACGCCAUUGGCUGUUGAUGGGAAAAGCACGAAAUCGAAUGAUUUGGGUGCCGCAUUGCAACAAUGGGCAACUGCACAGGGAAGAAAUAUCGUGCGUCCAGUUUUGAUUAUCUCUUAUGAAACUUUGAGAAGAAAUGUUGAUAAAUUGGCUGGUACCGAAGUGGGUCUAAUGUUGGCUGAUGAAGGACAUCGAUUAAAGAAUGGUGAGUCAUUAACAUUCACUGCCUUGAACUCAUUGAGAUGUGAUCGAAGGGUGAUUUUGUCAGGUACUCCAAUACAAAAUGAUUUAUCAGAAUAUUUCUCCUUGUUGAAUUUUGCCAACCCUGGUUAUCUUGGUACCAGAAACGAUUUUAGAAAAAAUUUUGAAAAUGCCAUUUUGCGUGGUAGAGACGCUGAUGCUACCGACAAAGAACGUGAAAAGGGAGAUGCCAAAUUGACGGAAUUAUCGCAAUUGGUGUCGAAAUUCAUCAUCAGACGUACCAAUGAUAUCUUGUCGAAAUAUUUACCUGUCAAGUACGAGUAUGUGUUAUUCACUGGCUUGUCACCAAUGCAGAAAAGUUUGUAUAACCAUUUCAUCACGUCACCAGAGAUCAAAAAAUUGUUAAAGGGCAUUGGAUCGCAACCGUUGAAAGCCAUUGGUAUGUUGAAGAAGCUUUGCAAUCAUCCAGACUUGUUGGACUUGCCGGAUGACUUGGAAGGGUGUGAGCAUUUAAUCCCCGAGGAUUAUCAAUCUUCCAUCACCGCCACUGGACGUAAUCGAGAAGUACAAACUUGGUUUAGUGGUAAAUUUUUGAUUUUGGAACGAUUUUUGAACAAGAUACAUCGUGAGACUGAUGACAAGAUUGUUUUGAUUUCAAACUAUACCCAAACGCUUGAUUUGAUUGAAAAAAUGUGCCGGAAUAAGAAGUAUGGUUCGUUGAGAUUAGAUGGAACCAUGAACAUCAACAAGAGACAAAAGUUGGUUGAUAGGUUUAAUGAUCCCAACGGCUCCGAAUUUAUCUUUUUGUUGUCGUCCAAGGCAGGUGGAUGUGGUAUUAACUUGAUUGGUGCUAAUCGGUUAAUUCUUAUCGACCCAGACUGGAACCCUGCGCUGGACCAACAAGCUUUGGCUAGAGUUUGGCGAGAUGGUCAAAAGAAGGAUUGCUUUAUUUAUCGUUUUAUUUCAACUGGAACUAUUGAAGAGAAGAUUUUCCAACGUCAAUCAAUGAAGAUGUCAUUGAGUAGUUGUGUUGUUGAUGAGAAAGAAGAUGUGGAGCGUUUAUUCAGUGCUGAUAAUUUGAAACAAUUGUUUAUGUAUCAGCCAGACACUGAAUGUGAUACCCACGAUACGUAUAAUUGUAAGCGAUGCCACAAAGAGAAGGGACAAUUUAUUAAAGCACCAGCAAUGUUGUAUGGUGAUGCGACAACUUGGAACCAUUUGAAUAACAAGAAGUUGGCAAAUAACGAAGAUGUUUUGGUUGCAAAUGAAGCUCAAUUCAAUGAUGUCUCAUUUGCCUUGCAGUAUAUAUCACAUGUAUAG